GUACAGCCCACAAAAAGUCCAAACGACCCGAGACUGACUCCCACCCUCUUUCUCUCUGUCUCUCUCACUCGGUUUCUUUCCGUCAUCCUUCUUCUCUAUUUCCGGGAAUCUUUCAAAUGGAGAAAAAAAAACUAUUUCCACAUGGAUCUGCUUCUAAAUAGCUAAAAUACAGAAAGAGAAGGCUCUGAAGCUAAAAAGAGAGACACCGCCAUCAUCCUCAUCAUCGUCAUCAUCAUCAUCCCAUCGAUAUGGGUAACUGCUGCGGAGCUCAAGCGAACGUAAACCCAGCGUCCAGCAAACCUCCCAGUCCAGCAGAGCUGUCGAAUAAUAACAUCAAACAAGAUAAAUCGAUCAAAGAAAGAAGCGGCAGUGGCAGUGGAAAUGGCAGCUCCAAUGGUGGCGAAAAAACUGAGACAGCUGAAACGGGGAAAAUCAUAACGCCCAAUUUGAAGAUGUUCACUUUCGCAGAGCUGAAGAGCGCCACCAGAAACUUCAGGCCAGACACAAUGUUGGGUGAAGGAGGUUUUGGCAGAGUUUUUAAGGGAUGGGUCGAUGAAAAGACUUACGCCCCGACAAAGGUCAGCGUCGGCAUACCAGUUGCAGUGAAGAAAUCCAAUCCAGAGAGCGAACAAGGGCUCAAGGAAUGGCAGUCUGAGGUGAAAUUCUUGGGAAAAUUCACUCAUCCCAACCUUGUGAAGCUCCUGGGUUAUUGUUGGGAGGAUAAGCAAUUCCUCCUUGUUUAUGAAUACAUGCAAAAGGGAAGUUUGGAGAAUCAUCUUUUCCGAGUUGGAGCGGAGCCACUUACAUGGGAAAUUCGCCUUAAAAUAGCAAUAGGAGCAGCUCGAGGUCUAGCUUUUUUACACACUUCUGAGAAGACAGUCAUCUACAGAGACUUCAAGUCCUCUAAUGUUUUGUUGGAUGGGGAUUACAAUGCCAAACUUUCUGAUUUCGGGUUGGCAAAAUUGGGCCCAUCGAAUGGUGAUUCGCACGUGACAACUCGAAUUGUUGGCACCUAUGGCUAUGCAGCUCCAGAAUAUAUAGCCACAGGUCAUCUGUACGUGAAAAGCGAUGUAUAUGGUUUUGGAGUAGUUCUACUGGAAAUGCUCACAGGCAAACAAGCCCUUGACAUGAACCAGCCGCCGGGACAACAAAAUUUGGUGGAAUGGGCUAAGCCAUCGCUUACCAACAAGAGAAAGCUAAAGAAAAUCAUGGACCCACGACUAAGGGACCAAUACCCAUUAAAAGCAGCAGCCCAAGCAGCCGAGCUUAUACUCAAAUGCCUAGAAUCUGAUCCCAAAAAUAGGCCAUCCAUGGAAGAGGUGCUAGAAACCUUGAAACGCAUCAAUGAAAUCAAGGAAAAACCAAAUAGCAAGGAAGUUAAAGUUGCCACGAAUCAACCUCAGCUUCACCAUCAUCGGUCUCCGUAUCACCCAAAACAUGGCGGGGCCGGCGCCGGCAUCGGAGCUCGAACUCCUCCACAUGGGCGUAUGGAUAGGAGAGGUCGACAGUUGACACCAAAGGUAGGUUGAGUGGAAAGUCUUGUAAUAUGAUAGACUUUUGUUGAUGUAAAGGCCCAAUAUCAGGCCCAAUUAUUUUAUUUUGUUGGCGCUUGGUGCAUGAAACUCCUCUCCUUGUUGGAAAAGAAAAGAAAUUCCAAGUUUUUAACUUCUAGUGA